AUGGCAGCCACAGGCCUGUCAACCCAGCAGGAGGCCGCUUUCCGGCGCAAGCAACUCUCGGUCCAGGAGCGCGAAGAGCUCAUCAAGCCAUUCCUGCCGUCUGACGUCUCCGACGGCGAAACGCAGGCGCAGAAGAAGAAGGCUCUGCGUGACCGUCGUCAGCAACAUAACCGGAAACCCAUCACUGGUCCCAUCAAGGCAUUCCUGCACCUCGCCGUCUACCAUGUCGUCGCUCUGCUCUUCAGCAUCUUCUUCCGCUUCCGACGCGCGUACCGGCUCGUCCGAGGAAAGGUCGUCUCCUUGCUCAAGUACCACCACCGCACGCCAGAGUUUAUCGCCCACGACGUCAAGGACCUGGAGAAGCUGCCGAAGCACCUGAGCGUCAUAGUAGAGUACCAGGAGGACGAUGGAAACCAGGGAACCGCUGGCCUCGAAGGCCUGGUCAAUGAUGUGUGCGAGAUAGCAGCCUGGACAGCCAGUGCUGGCAUCCCCUUUCUCAGUGUCUACGAGCGCACGGGCGUCCUCAAAUACUACCUCCCUCAAACACACACCAGCAUCUGGGGCACUCUCGAGUCCUACUUUGGCCCCCGCCGCAAACCUACCCUCUCGAUCCGGGCACCGCACCUGAGCUCCUACUCCCCGCCCGAUACACCCCCUCAGUCUGCUGAGCCUAAUGGCUCCAGCCUCAAAGAAGAGCGCCAGCAUCUCACUGUACUCCUUUUGUCCGAACACGACGGCCGCGACACCAUUGUCGAUUUGACGCGCACACUGGCCGAGAUGGCGCAAAAGGGCGAUGUGCGACAGGAGCAGAUUAACAUGGACCUGAUUGAUGCGCAGCUCAACGAUCAUGUCUCGAGCGAGCCUGAUUUGCUGAUUCUCUUCAGCCCAACCGUGCAGCUCAAAGGCUACCCCCCGUGGCAGCUGAGAUUGACGGAAAUAUUCCACUUGCCAGAUAACAAGGGCGUCAACUACCAAGUCUUCCUCCGCGCCUUAUACAAUUUUGCCAAGGUCGAGAUGCGCCUGGGACGGUAG